CAGAGAGCCACUUCUAUAAAUCGUCUUUUAAUCUUCUCCCCCCCCUCCCUUAUCCCUCACCCCACCUUCCAAGCUCCCCAUGCCUGUCUGACAUAUAUCUGAGGGUCCGAGCUGAAACACAACGUCAGCCAAAUCUUACCUGGAAACUAGAACAAGGCAAUCAAACCAUCCGAUGUAUCGACGCAACGCUUUGUUUGUUAUGAUUCAAUAUUUCUCGGCUGUGUUCAUUUCGUAGAGACUUGUUUCUAGACUUUUAUUAUUUCCAAAAGUAAAAGGCCGCUCUCGAGAUGGCGUCCGGCGCUGUACAGAUACCCAAGAUGACAGAGGGUUAUCUCGGACCCCAGGCUAAGUUCGACGCUUACGGCCUAAGCUUGGUCUCUCAUAGUGACCCUAUCAUUUACAUGCAGGAUAGCCAGGAGGAGGUGGAGAUCAUAUUGGGCAUUCAGCCUGGCACUAGGAUCACCAUCAAAAUGAUUUCUUAUGAGCGCAAACAAGAAUGCAACGAAUACUGUUUGAUACGGGCGCUGGGGCCAAACUAUCUGUUUCUCAUCAGACCGCCAGUGCCUGGAUUUUACAAAUUCCAGAUCUACGCCCUCCCGAGGGACGAAGCAGGACCGAACAUGUUGGGGGUUUACAAUUACCUCAUUUACUGCCCGGGCAGUUUUGGAAAUAAUCCUUUCCCUAAGCAGUACCCUCCUUGGAAAGACGGCUGCUAUUUGUACGAGCCUCUUUCACUACCUCGCGGUAUCCGUGACCCAAGCGUCAGGUUCAAAGUGCUGAUUCCCAGAGCUAGAGACGUACAGGUCAAGGUGGGAGAAGAAUGGAACCCCCUUCAACAGUCGGAGCCCGGAGUCUUUGAAGGCAAUGUAGACUUUAGUCAAGGUUAUCCUUCAGGUGCUAAGGCAAAGAUAAACGUGAAAUUCGCAGGGAAUAAUUACAAUACAUUGCUCGAGUACUCCCUUUGACAUUAUGGAUUGCCUACUAUUGAUAACGUGUGAAAUUGAUUUGGUUGUGGAAGCUUUCUACUGAUCACGAUGAUUGUCUCUUUAAAUAUAUAUUGACACUGACGCAUAUAUAUCAAUUAUUGAUUCUUAUUUUUAUACCUAAUACCAGAGAAUAAAUAAAUAUUUUCUUCAA